CCGUAUCUAUCGUCCCAUUCUUCGCGAAGCUUGCUUCUAGCCCCACUUUGAACCUGAAUCAGCCAAGCUGAUACACUGAGCAAGCCCAGACAGAUUCAUCUGCCAAUCCCUCCAAUACUGGGAUAUCAGACUUGGAGGUGAAGACGACAUACGAUGAGGCAAUUAAAGCAUCACGAGAAGAAGCUUCUCAAGAAGCAUGACUUCUUGGCAUGGAAGCAAGACCAGGGGAUGCGUGAGGUGAAAGUCAUGCGGCGGUAUCACAUUCAAGAGCGAGACGACUACCACAAGUACAACCAGCUCGUAGGCAAGCUGCGCCACCUCUCUUUGCGCCUCUCCACCCUCCCAGCCAACGAUCCUUUCCGCGCCAAGCAGGAGUCGCAACUCCUCUCCAAGCUGUACGACAUGAGUCUGCUGGACACGGGCGCAAAGAUGAGCGACAUCAUGGAGAAGAUUUCCGUGAGCGGCUUCUGUAGGAGGAGGUUGGGCAUUGUGAUGUGCAAGCUGAAGAUGAGCGAAAGUGUGAAGCAGGCAAUCACAUAUAUCGAGCAAGGCCAAGUGCGAGUAGGAACAGACGUCAUCACAGAUCCCGCCUUCCUGGUCACCCGCAACAUGGAGGACUUCGUCACCUGGUUGGACCAGAGCUCAGUCAAGCGGACCAUUGCCAAGUACAAUGGCGAGCUCGACGACUUCGACCUCCUGUAGUCGCAGGAGGCCGUCACCACCGAGAGACCCCACCUGUGAUCCACUGUCCAUCAGCAGCACUCAUUUGUAUAUUAUAUCGACAUUUACCAUCAUCCAAUACCUCCAGACUGUCCAAUGAGGUUUGUGACAGGUUCCAGAUUGAGAACCAAAAGGGGAGUGCUUGAAUUACAAUAUGU